ACACCAUGGCGUCAGAAUAUCUUAAAACUCGUAAAAGAUUUUGGGAAAAUGACAAUUCUUUAAAACGUCCUGAAAAUAAUCAAGUUCCAAUUCAGCUAAGUGAAUUAAUCAAAACGUUUCUGAAAUGUAUUCAAGAGGAAGGUUUGCAAACAGCUUACAAUCGUUACAGAUAUAAUCCACGUGAAACACAACUUCCAAGAUCUGUUAUCAAUGCUACUGAAGAUGAAAAAAUCAGUGACGUCAUUAUUGUUGGUGCAGGAAUGGCAGGUUUAAGUGCAGCGUAUGAAUUGAAAAAAGCUGGUCUUUCUGUGACAGUUUUAGAGCAAACGGACCGUUAUGGGGGAAGAAUUUUUACGUAUGGUAAAGAAAGUGGUCUUGCGUCUGGUUUGUAUGCAGAAGUUGAUGAAUCUCCUCAGAAAAUUAAGAAAAAUUGUAGCAUCGAAUCUUACAGUUUUGAAAAAAAUGAACUGUUCUAUUUUUUUAGUGGGGGCUAUGCGAUUUCCAGUCAGUUUACGUUGGAAAGGUUUCUUAAAAGUAAUAUCGAUGUAAUCAAAGCUAAAGUACCUGUUGAAGAUCAAGCACACUUGGAUUUAGUUAAACUUGGAAAUCUUUUGCCAUGGUCUAAUGAUGCUGUUCGUGGUUAUUCUGUAUUUUGCUAUACGGAGCAGCUUGAUCAGUCACUGGUAUCCUACCUUGAUUUUGAACUGGGAAAAUGGUAUUCUCAUGAAAUGCAUUGCUUGAAAGGAGGUAUGCAUAGUUUGCCGAAAUCGUUUUUCAACGAUGAAGGAUUGAGUACGGAUGACAUAGAAUACAAGAAACAUGUUUUCGAAAUAAAUUACUGGUAUCAAGAUGAGUAUCCUCUGAAAGAUCUCGUUGAGGUGUCGUGUUAUUCAAGUAACGUUGCGUUAAAUGUGUAUAAUGCGAAGGCAGUAAUUGUUUCCACCCCAAUAAAUACUUUGCGUCAAAUAAGUUUCAAACCAAAGCUUCAUAAUGAUGAAUCCCAGUUGGCGAUGAGAAAAUGUGUUCAAGCUAUGGAAGAUGUUUCUAUUGUGAAAUCAACAAAAAUUUAUAUUCCGACCAAGCAGAGAUUCUGGGAAAAUGAAGGAAUCAAAGGUGGUGUUUCUAAGACAAGACUUCCCAUAGGUCAGAUUCAUUAUGUCACUCCGGAAGAUCUCAACACAAAAGAAGGACUUGUUUUGAUCUACACAUGGAAAAAUGAAGCUCUGCUUUUUGGAUCUAUGAAAGAAGAGCAAGUGAAACAAAAGGUGAUGAAACAACUCGCAGAAAUCCAUCCGGCAUUCAAAGAAGACAUGGUGACAACGUGUAUUGUUCAUGCUUGGUAUAACCAGCCAUCUUAUCAAGGAGCGUAUGAAGCAAUGAAAGCUUCUCAACACAAAAAUAUAAGGUGCGCAUGAUAUGGGGAACGCAUAAUUCUUUAAUUGAAGUGACAGGUUAAGAAACGAGAUUAUUUUUUAUAAGAUAAUACUGUAAAAAUGCUCGUCGCAUUUUUUUCAACGUUUUUCUCAAAAUCUCUGUAAAAUUGUUGUUUUUUUAUACACUUAGAAAUAACGUGAAAUACAACUUAUAACAUUUUAUGGACAA